CUGGGCUGGCCAGGUCUCUUUACUGGUACCUCAAGGUAGACAUAAAGGGACUGAGUAAAUCAAUGGUUUUCAUAGAGAUCUCUUGAUAUCAGAAUUUCUUUUUUCAAAACACUUGUCUCCUUGGAUCCUGUGGAGAUGAAAAUUGACAUCCACACUCAUAUUCUACCAAAGGAAUGGCCUGAUCUAGAAAAGAGGUUCGGUUACGGAGGCUGGGUACAGCUCCAACACCAUGACAAGGGAGAAGCAAAGAUGAUGAAAGACGGGAAGGUCUUCAGAGUGAUUCAACAGAACUGCUGGGACCCGGAAGUUCGUAUCAGAGAAAUGGACCAGAAAGGAGUAACGGUGCAGGCUCUUUCCACGGUUCCUAUCAUGUUUAGCUACUGGGCCAAACCUAAGGAUACUUUGGAGCUGUGCCAGUUUUUAAACAACGACCUAGCUGCCACUGUUGCAAGCCACCCUCAAAGGUUUGUAGGCUUGGGAACGUUGCCAAUGCAGGCCCCGGAGCUGGCAGUUGAGGAGAUGGAGCGUUGUGUGAAGGAGCUAGGAUUUCCAGGAGUCCAGAUUGGCUCCCACAUCAACAUGUGGGACCUGAACCAGCAGGAACUUUUCCCAGUCUACACAGCGGCCGAGAGGCUGAACUGUUCUCUGUUUGUGCAUCCCUGGGACAUGCAGAUGGAUGGACGAAUGACCAAAUACUGGCUGCCUUGGCUCGUAGGAAUGCCUGCAGAGACCACCACAGCCAUUUGCUCCAUGAUCAUGGGUGGAGUGUUUGAGAAAUUUCCUAAACUCAAAGUGUGUUUUGCACAUGGAGGUGGUGCUUUCCCCUUCACAGUGGGAAGAAUCUCCCAUGGAUUCAACAUGCGCCCAGAUCUCUGUGCCCAAGACAAUUCAACUGACCCAAGGAAAUACCUUGGCUCCUUCUACACAGACUCCCUGGUACAUGAUCCUCGGUCCCUCAAGCUUCUGACAGAUGUCAUAGGAAAGGAUAAAGUCAUUCUGGGAUCUGAUUACCCAUUUCCACUAGGUGAACAGGAACCUGGGAAAUUGAUCGAGUCCAUGGGAGAAUUUGAUGAAGAAACAAAGGAUAAACUCACAGCUGGUAAUGCCCUGGCAUUUUUGGGUCUUGAGAAAAAACUAUUUGAAUGACUGAAUUCACUACAAAAACAAACUUUCAAGAAGAUAUUUCACUUCUGUCUUUGUGCAUUACACAAAAUCCUAUAUUAAAUUACUAAAUCCUAUAUUAAAUUACUAAAAUCCUGUAUUAAAUUUUGUUACCCAAGCUA